CGGCAGUACUAAAUCGACGGCUGUGCAUCCAUCGACCAAGUCCCGCAAUACAAUCUUCAAGUCCGUUGCUCACGGAGUCGCGCGUGACUGACGUUUCACGUUUCUCUUUGUUUGGUUCUGCGAGUGUGAGGCACGUGUUCAGACAUUCCUCGACCGAACCGGAACCGCACUGGAGAGAAAGAAGAGAGAGACAGAAAAACACAGCGGCGGACAGUAAUCCCGAAAUGGGAGGCCAUGUUUCCAGUUCUUAUGUAACGAGGCCAGGGCUGUCUCUCUAAAUAGGACAACUCACAAGAAGCAUAGAGGGCGCCCCUUUGAACAUGUGUUCACCCGAAUGCGAUGCCCUGAAGCAUGUUAAACAAGAGGAUUGUGAGUGGGGCUCGGGCCGCCUCACCCCGGAGAGUCUCGCCGUAAAGUUGGAGGGUAGCGAAGAGAGAAUUUCAGCGUGCAAAGAAGAGAAAUCUGAGGAGGAAGAGGAUGGAUUUGUUGCUGUUAAAGUGGAGGAUUCAGAACAGGUCCCCAUUUUCCCCUCUCAACUGCAAGCCUACAAAAUGGCAAAGCUUUUCCGUCAUGAGGCGUUUCCAGUCGGCAUGCCGGUGUCGUUCAGGGAAAGAAGGCGACGAUCCAGCCAGCUACCUGAGGGUGAUGAGAAAGUCACAGGGGAGGCUGUCAAAAAACACCCAUCUAGAAAGCAGCCACAAUCAUUUUUGGAAGAUAUUGGCAGUCUCUCCCCAUCUUCAUCAGCUCAGACUUCUCUUCAGUGCAGAACACAGCAAGAACUUCAUGAUGAAAAUGCCAAGGCUUUCCCAUGUAAUUCUCAUAAUGUUGUGAAACAAACAAGAAAAGAUGGAACCAAUCGGCCAGCAGGAAGUACAAACUCAGUGAAUUUUUAUGCCUGCCAACUUUGUGGGAAGCAAUUUACGCACCUUUGUGACUGUAAAGAUCAUGAGAAGAUUCACUCAAGUGAGAAGCCAUAUUACUGCUCUGAAUGUGGGAAAGGAUUCCUACACAAAAGCCAUCUCUGUAGUCACAAAAGAGUUCACAAUGGGGAGAAGUACUGUUGUGUUGAAUGUGGGAAACGAUUCUCCCGAAUGACCAAUCUUCAGAGCCACUCAAAAAUUCACACCAGAGAGGAACCACAUUGCUGUUCUGAUUGUGGAAAGCGAUUUUUACACAUAAGUCAUCUUCAGAGUCACAAACGAGUCCACAAUAGAGACAAACCUUAUUGCUGUUCGGAGUGUGGCAAACGAUUCUCACGCAUCAGCAACCUUCAGAACCACACAAAAAGUCACACUGGUGAGCAACCUCAUUGCUGUUCUGAUUGUGGGAAACGAUUCUCAUGUAUAAGCAAUCUUAAGAAUCACACAAAAAUUCAUGCCGAAGGAAAGACCCAUUGCUGCUGUGAUUGUGGCAAACAAUUUUCACGGUUAAGCAAUCUUGAGAGCCAUUCAAGAACUCACACUGGUGCAAAGCCUCACUGCUGCCCUGAGUGUGGAAAGCGAUUUUCACAAAUAAGCAAUCUUCAAAGUCACAUAAGAAUCCAUACCGGUGAGAAACCUCAUUGCUGUCCUGAAUGUGGUAAAAAAUUUUCACGCAUUAGCAAUCUUCAAACCCACUCAAGAACUCACACAGGGGAAAAACCAUAUUGUUGUCCUCAGUGUGGUAAAAGGUUUUCGCAAAUUAGCAAUCUUCAGAGCCACUUAAAAAUACAUACUGGAGAGAGGCCUCAUGGCUGCUCGCAAUGUGGAAAGAGGUUUUUACACAUAAGCCAUCUGCAAAGUCACAUCAGAAUUCACACUGGGGAGAAACCUCAUUGCUGUCCGGUAUGUGGCAAACGAUUCUCACACAGCAAUUCACUUCAGAGUCACAUAAGGAUUCACACUGGAGAGAAGCCACACUCUUGCUCUGAAUGUGGAAAACAAUUUUCAGUCCUGGGCAAUUUUCAGAUACACCAAAGAAUUCAUACGGGAGAGAAGCCAUACUGCUGUUCUGAAUGUGGUAAGCGCUUCAUAGACAGUAGCAGUCUCCGAAAGCACACAAGAAUACAUACUGGCGAGAAGCCGUAUUGUUGUUCUGAAUGUGGGAAACGAUUCUCACAGAUAAGGAGCCUUCAUACCCACAAACGCGUUCAUAGUGAAGAGGAGCUGCAUGACACAUGCCAAUAUCCAGUGACAGGAAAAUUAAUGCAAUAAAGAGGGAUGUACUGACAAAAAGAAGGCUCUGAUAAUCACGGAAAUACACUUUGACAAAGCUGGAAUGGCUGAGGUGUCAGCGCUCUCUGUCUACGCAAUGUAAAGAAUGAGAGACAAGAGAGCAGCAGGUGCUUCAGACUAUAAAUAAGCCAUAUGUCCAAGAAAAGAAUUAAUAAUGGUUAGUAGUUUAACUAAUUAAUGACUACUUGCAGCCUCAUCUUGAACUUUGAUUAAUCUUUUGCCUAAUACCAAGCACAAUGCAAAUAAUGCACAGAACACUGAAAUGAUAAUCUAAUGCAAGAAAGUGCAAUCAAGUUUAUAUAAGGCGUAUUUAUGCCGUGACAGAGUUCAAAGCAGACUGAAAUGGAAGUAACACGCUGCUGCAUUGAAUGUGGCAAACACUUUCUAUCAGUACACAUUUUUCAAAGGAAAGGGGACACACACAUGGGGUUGAGAGGAGAACAGCGAUCACUGACCUAAAUAAGGUAACUAAUAGCACUGUAGUUAGAAUCAUUAAAGAGUUAAAGCAGAAGGCUAGAAAACCACCCAAGAAGUCAUAAGCUGUAUAAAGCAAGGAAAAGCGAAAAGAUCUCCAAUGAUGAGAGGGGAAGGGAAGCUUUAUGGUGCUGUGUGGCUGUGGCUAUCAAGGCAUCAGCAGUUAGAAAAUGCCUGGCGUAACAUUCGGGUGAGUUCAGGGAGUUUUCAUUUCAUGAUAGAUAAUUCCUGCCUUGAGAAAGUUAGAUAUCUGAAAUUCAGUUUCUCUUUGUCUGGCACUCUUCAAAGACUUCACACGCCAAACUGGUUUAUAAAUGAUUACAACUUUAAAAGUUGCACAGGAUUCAAACAUCAAGGGAAAAAGAAUCCCGGUUACUGGGGGCAAAGCAAGCGCAAAACAAGUGACACGAGUGCCAGGUCUCGGUCCGUCCCAUCUUGACAAAUCCCAUAAAGGAGCCCUGAUGGAAAUUUGAGCCUCUAUGCAUACUUCAGCCCAAUUUAGAUAUUCAUGUAAACUUUCACCCUUGUUCUACUUAAGCUGAUGAGUAAAUCAUUUGAGUUUUCACACUCGCUUUGCUUGACUUGAACCCUUGUUGCACUCCGCCUUGACUGUAAAUUGUCCACUUCAUGCUUACUCAGCCCUCACUUAACCCGAUACUGCACUCAGUGGCACAAAGUAACAUUUACCAGGACUGCUGUACGAGAGAUCAGUAAGCACAACGAAAUUGAAGAACAGUGCUCUAAGUUAAUAAAGGAGAAAUGAACACUGUACACAUUCAUAUCGGCCCACCCUAGUCUGACAUCGAUCAACUCUUAACACUAGAAUUACCAGAGACUACAAAAAAACUCGUAGAU